AUCCCAAAAACCACUAACAUGCACACGGUGACUUUAGGUGGCUUGGGGGUUUAAGGUUGGCUGGGUUGGUGGUUUUGGAGGUCCAGGAUGGGUCAAAGGUGGUUGGUCGUUCGAUUUCGAUGGGUAAGAGGGGUGGUUGGUCGGUUACCGGCGAGGCUAAAGGUGGGGUUUAGGGUUUGACUAUGGGGAUAGGUGACUGGGAUUUUUAUUUUUAUUUUUUUUUGUUUAAGUUUUGGACCAAUAAUCACGUGUUGACACGUGUCAUGGUAACCUGUUAUAACAGGUCGUUGGUUUACUAUUGACCGGUUGGGACUAUUGUUGGCAAAUUACCCCCAUAGUUAAGAUUAUUAGAUCAUAAACCUUAUUUGAGAUUAUUAAAAGUAAAUUGCCCAUAGUUGGGAUUAUUAAAGUGUGUUUUUUCCUAAAUUUUUUGAAAUAAAAGUCUGUAGGUUCAAUAAACCCCCUGAAUUCCGCCCCUGAAUAAGAUUGAAUUAGAUUCUACAAGUUUACUCUUUCAUUCACUAAAUUAUUUUUGUGUCUCGACAUUUAACUUCACUCAAUUCAACUUUUUAAAGCUCCCUAUUGAUCAAAGUGUUGAUUUAAAUAAAUAAAAAAUAAAAAAAACCGAAGAGAAUAGAGAUAGAAAAAUAACUACGUCCUAGUGUGGACAGUUAAAGGGAAUAUUAUCAUGACGCUAAGACGCCAAAUUUAGAAUCCAAGACAAUUUCGUGCGUAUAGAGCAACAAAAAUGAAUAUAUAAAUGGAAGUUGUGACAUCCACUUAAAGAAACCACAUGCUCGAUCUUCCAUUGCAUCAUUUUCAAAUUCUCUCAUUUCUUCUAAGCUAGGCAUGUCUUACUACUGUUCUUCAGAUAGCUUAGUAUGCAAGGAUUAUCUUGAAUUGAAUCCAGAAAAUGCUAGUUUUAAUGAUCUUUUUCACCUUCUUUUCUUUAAUGAGAGAAAAAAUUUCAUUGUAAGCCCUUCCCAAUUCGAACAAGAUUUAAGAAAAUUUAAUUAUCGAUGGCUCGUUGUUACUUCUGUUUUUAUGUUGAAGUUGUUUCGUAUCAUGAAGAAACCAAUGAAAUACAUUGGUUAUUUCAUCAUAGCAUGGAUGAAUCUAAUCACAAAUAAUGGUGGUGUGCUCAAGUUGUUGUUGAAUUUCAUCAAAGGCAAUGUGAUAAUGCCAAACGAGUCAACUGACACAUAUAGAUCAAUAAUGGCACUUGUUGACAGAAGAGUUGAUUUGGACUCAAAUAUAGGACCGGGGCAUGUCAAUUAUGAAGCUUCGUUUACUUGGAUGGCUUCUAAGUUAUCCUAUGAAAAUUCUGCCUUCAUUAAAACUAUUGUUCAGGACCAUUGGAAGAUGGAGUUGUUAGGAGCCUACAACUUCCGAAAUGAUUUUCAAGCAAACAACUCUACACAUGCAUUCAUGGCUCGCAACAUAAGCAAGGACAUAGACACAAUAGUAGUGGCAUUUAGAGGCACAAACCCCUUCGACGCAGAUGAUUGUAGCGCGGACAUUGAUAUCUCUUGGUUUAGGCUAACGAACGUAGGGAAAGUUCAUGGUGGAUUCAUGAAGGCAUUAGGCCUCCAAAACACUAAAGAUGGUGUUGGAUGGCCAAAGGAUAUCGAAUCGAAUGAUGAGAAAACACAAUUUGCAUAUUACAAAAUUAGGCAAGUCCUUCGAGACAUUUUUCAAGAGAACAAGAACGCAAAAUUUGUAGUAGCGGGACAUAGUUUGGGUGGUGCAUUAGCGAUUUUAUUCGCUAGUGUUCUAAUAUUGCAUGAAGAGAAAGAAUUGCUUGAUAGAUUGGAGGGUGUUUAUACAUUUGGACAACCAAGAGUUGGAGAUGAGGAAUUUGGAGAUUUUAUGAAGAAGAAUUUGAAGGCCUAUAAUGUGAAGUAUUGUAGGUAUGUAUAUUGUAAUGAUAUGGUUCCUCGACUUCCUCUUGAUGACAAGACUCUUUUGUUUAAACAUUUCGGCCCGUGCCUCUACUACAAUAGUCUCUACCGAGGAAAGGAAUUGAAAGUGGAGCCAAAUAAGAACUACUUAUCAUUGCAAUGGAUGAUACCAAAGUACAUGAAUGCAAGUUGGGAGCUAAUUAGGGGAAUCAUACUUCCAUAUAUGAAAUGGGGUCCAGAUUACAAAGAAUGUUGGUGCCAAGUUAUUUAUCGAAUGAUUGGGUUGCUUAUCCCAGGUCUUGCGGCCCACGGCCCACAAGAUUACACUAACUUAACUCGAUUGGGCCGCAUGGCUUUGCCUCUUUGUGAUCAUGACAAAAAAAUUGAAUGAAAUUUAAUUCAAAUGAUACAUAAAAUCUUGGCACAAAUAAAUUGCACAAGAAUAAGUAAUGCCUCUUAAAAACACAAUUUUUUCAUAUGCGGCCGGUUACACUAGUGAUCAGGGUUAUUUAUAGAGGUUACUUAUUUUGAGAUUACAUAUUUAGGGGUUACUCUUUUGGUCAAGGGUUACUUAUUUAAGGGUUACCCCAUCGGUCAGGGGUUAUUCUUGUAUAAAAAAUGCUCUAAUCGACUGAGUAAAUUUGGAAUAAGUAAUCCCUGACCGACUAAGUAACUCCAGACUAAAUAACCUAGUGAAAAUGCGUCAAUCGAUUGAAUAACCCUAUAAAAAGUAACCCUUGAUUGAUUGAGUAACCUUUAAACAAGUAACUCAUAUUAGUAACCUCGACCAUACAA